AUGAUGCAGCAUCAGACAUCUAGUUCCUCACAUACAGCUACUCUUAACCCUGUUAACUCACAACCUUCAUCAGUAUCUACUCCACAGAUUGGGAUAUCAACUCUUCCUCUUCGAGGCAAUAUCUCUGAACCUGAAAUUCCGACCAUAGACCAUUCCAUUACAUAUGAAAAGGAACUUGCGAGGCCAAUAACUCAGGCUGAGGCAUUCAAGGCUACACAUACAAGGAAGAAGAAAACUCCUAAAGAUCCUGAUGUUUGGGUUGAGCCACGAGCUCAACUGACCUAUAAUCUAUAUUUGCAAUGCAUAGAGAAUUUUCACCAAACUCUGCCAGAAGAUGGGCAAGACCUACCACUUAGCCAAGAGCAGAAUGAGAGAAUAUUGUUAGAUAUUGUUGGUGGCCCAAGUAGAUAUGGAUAUGCUUAUGGAUUUCCCCAACGAACUUUCCUUGAAUUUCAUUUGGAACUAGAAGGCCUCAGUAGUUUCCAGGAUGAUGAGUCAAGGGAGACGAUUUUGGCUUUGAAGCAGCAAAUAGCUGAGCUAUCUAUCGAAGCUGAGGCCUCGCGGGCUAGUAAAGGUAAAUAGAUAUACAGUAAGUAGGAAUGAAGUCCCAAUUCGAUGCAUUACUUGCUUCGGAGAGUAUUUCCCUUUGUCCCGGUAAUGUAGUGUGCCCUUUUCGACCUCCACAGUCUCUACCUAUUUGACAUGGAGUAUAUGGUCAAUACAAAGAUAUGAUUGAGGAGCCCAUCAGUGAUGAAGAUUAUGAGAAUUACUAUGUCGAAAAUACACCGCCGCGUUGUUAAAGUUGAAUGUUGUCUAGAUAAUCCAAAUUAUAUACUUUAUGGUGGUUUAUUUGAAUUCUAAUGUGUUUUUGAAUGCAUUAAAACUUUAAAGUAGUAUUAACAAUAGUAUUUUUAAAUAA